GCCCCGGCCCCCUCCCCGCCCGUGCCCUGAGCCCCGCUCCCGCUGCAGCUGUGGCCGCGGAGGGCGCGGGGGCUCCAUCCCCUGUCCCGGGCCGGGAGGCAGCGCCGGCGCCGUGGCCCCUCGGGGCGCUGGCAGAGGCGGCGAGGACACCGCCCGCUGUCCCCGGCUCCGCUCCGCCCCGGGCGCGCAGGUGUCGCACCCACGGGGGGGAUGUCGGCGGUGCCAUGGCGGGGGCUGCGAGGGACACCCCGGCGGGCCAGCAGGAGGGGUACAGGCUCUCGAUGUGCAGCAAACUGUGCUAUGCCAUAGGAGGUGCCCCAAACCAAGUGGCAGGGAGUGCUGCCUCUUUCUUCCUGCAGAUCUACCUGCUGGACAUAGCCCACAUUACUCCAUUUCAUGCCUCUUUGGUGCUGUUCAUUGGCAAAGCCUCAGGUGCAGUUACUGAUCCUGUUGCUGGAUUUUUUAUCAGCAAAAGUAGAUGGACAAAAAUUGGCCGACUCAUGCCUUGGGUGCUGGCAUGCACACCCUUCACAAUAGUCUCCUAUUUCUUUAUGUGGUACCUACCUCCAUUUGUAUCAGGAAGAGUUGCUUGGUACCUGACUUUCCACUGCCUUUUCCAAGCACUGACCACAUUAUUCCAGGUCCCAUAUUCUGCCCUCACCAUGUUCCUCAGCACAGACCAGAAGGACAGAGAUUCUGCAACAGCAUACCGAAUGACCAUGGAAGUGCUUGGGACCCUGAUUGGAGCUGCACUUCAGGGCCAGAUUGUGGCCAGUGCUCACGUCUCCCCCCACUGCUCUGUGAAUCCCUCGGUGAACACCACUGACUCCUGGCAUGACACUGCCAGCACCCCAGAGCCCUCAGAUCCCCUGUCCCAUCAAGCAAAAGUUUACAUGAUUGCAGCAGGGGUCAUAGCAGGUGUGUAUCUUCUUGGAAUUAUCGUUCUUUUUCUUGGAGUAAAGGAAAGGGAUGAUCCUUAUGCCUUAAAGUCAGACAGAGCAAUUCCUUUUUGCAAGGGGCUGGCACUCACCAUGAAGCAUGGUCCAUAUGUGAAGCUUACAGCUUCAUUCCUUCUCAUCUCCACUGCAGUUCAGCUGGAGCAGGGAAACUUUGUCCUGUUCUGCACUCACGCUGCCGGCCUCCGGAAUCACUUCCAGUAUUUGGUGGUGACCAUCUUGGUAUCAGCAGUGUUGAGCGUUCCCUUCUGGCAGAAGUUUCUGCAGAGAUUUGGCAAGAAGUGUGCAGCAUGUGGGAUUUCGUGGAUGAUUCCUUUUGCAGUCAUGCUAGUGACCAUUCCAAACCUGAUCCUGGCUUACUUCGUGGCCUUCGUCUCUGGUCUGAGCAUUGCAGCAUCUCUUCUGUUGCCAUGGUCAAUGCUGCCUGAUGUUGUUGAUAACUUUCGCCUGCAGAAUCCCCAUGGGAAAGGACAUGAAACCAUUUUCUAUUCUUCUUAUGUUUUUUUUACCAAGAUGUCAGCAGGAAUUGGGUUAGGAAUUUCUGCAGCAGCACUGGAGUUUACUGGAUACAAGCCAGGGAUAUGCAGACAGUCAGAUAAUGUGAUCCUCACACUGAAACUCCUCAUUGGAGCAGUCCCUGCCAUCCUCAUCCUUUUAGGUUUAUUUAUACUCCUUUUCUACCCAAUCACUGAAGAAAGUCGGAAAGAAACAAAGCUUGCCCUUGAAGAGUUAAGGAGGAGCCAUCAAAGCACGGAGAACUUGGACAGCCACAAAAAGGACACCUCUGUCUGAAAGCUCUGAAUGCAGUGGCUUUCCAAAUACAGACUCACAACAAACUCUGUGAGAGUUUUCCAGGUCAUUUCUCUCCUCACAUUUUAUGAAAAAGGACAAAGGAUGAUUCUGGCACAGCCAGUAAUGAAAUCAAGAGAGGACACCAUUGUGCAAAUAUACAUCUAACUCCAUCCACUGUGCUAAAAAAGACAUUACACAUGUUCAGAAAUGCAAGCUAUUGAAGGCCUGGGGAUUUUUGUUUGGUUUUUUUUCAGUGAUUAAUGGGAAGCUGUGAUCUCGUUCAUGGGAGAUUUUAUGCAUUUGUAACUUGGGGGAGGAAAAAAAAAGUGUAAAUGUGACCAGAGAAUUUUUGAAGGUUCUGAAAUGGAAAAUACUCACAAGAGUUAUUUUGUCCAAUUUAUGAUGCACCAUCCAAAUAUUAACUCACAAUACACUUCACCCUUGAGGGGUGGGGUGGAUUUUCAGCACAAUCUCUACCUAAAACUUGCACACUAUUUUGUUUGGAAAGCACUUGGGAACCUGAAGUAUACUAUAGGAAGCUAGGAUUUAUUUUGUUUUGAAAUUAAGCAAAUCACUGCUGCAGACAUAUUUUAAGGAUUUUUUUCCACUUUUUUGAAAGAGAUUUUGAGGUAAUCUAAGUUUAUAGAUUUUAUAAGAAAUAGAACCCUGCAUUUCCCAUUACUGAUGUUUCUUGCUUCUGAAACCUGUAAACUCAUCUCUGUCAGAGAAUGAGAACUUAACAUUUUCAAAAUCAACAUCUCCCGAGGAUAUAAAAAAAUCAAUAUUUCCUUCCAAAAAUUAUGUAAUUGAAAUUUCUUUAAAUUUUGGCUUGUAAGUAAUCAGUAAUCACCAUACCCAUUUCUCACAUGGUGUAGGCUCUCUACCUCACAAAACACCAUGGCAUGGGUAUUAAUCUCAGCUUGCACCUAUUUUGUAAUAAUGAGGCUACACCUGCCUUUUAAAUGGUGAUUUUUUUUCAGUCAGGGAUAUUAUUGUGCUUUAGAUACAUCAUCUCAUUUCUACUAUAGAUUUACACUGUUGAACACACUUUUUAAAUAAAAACACACCUAAUCUCGGGCACCUUCUGGAGCACUGAAGUUCAGACCUGCUCAUUCCUGGCUUCAGUGCAGGUUCAGAGACCUCCAGAGACUGGCUCCAAGCUUAAGCUAAAAUGACGGGGCUCUGAAGACAUUCCUAAAUCUGGAAGGGAGAGUGAGGAGUUCAAGAGGUUUGUUCACCUCGAGGAAAUGAGCACAAUGCAAGACAAGACAUGAAUUUCACCCCAGUGCCUUCACUGUGUGACUGUGAGUGCCUUUCUGCUGUAUCACAAGUGCCUUUGGAGGUGGCUCACAGUGCUGGGACUGGAAACUGGGAAAGAUUUUGCUGAAAGACACUGGCACAUAAAAUCAGUGCAACCAGGGAGUGUCUCACUCAUUAAGUUUGAUACUGAAACCUUGUCAGGCAAGUUUGAAGUCAAAGGCUUUAUGAACUGUCCUAAUUCCCCAAAAUGCUUAAUCGUGAGGGAGCUUCUAAGGAUACAUUUUGAGUGUGUGUGGGUAAGAGUUAAGUGCAUUUAAGAUUUCUGUUGACUUGCCAUCUAGGGCUGUGGGGUUUUGUUUUCUUCCUUGUUUCAGUUUUUUGGACAAACCAAGAUAUGUAUGCCUGGGGCAUAUAUGUUUACAACAAUAAAAACCAUAAGUUUACAAUUUUGAGUCUGAUGGAAUUUGAAAUAGGAGAUUUACUGCACUUUGAAGUAGGUAAGUUAUGUAGCAAUAUCACAUAGCUCCAAAACAUCACAGGGAACAGUUUGGGGCAUUCGAUUUUUUUCUGUAAUAUUUGUGUAUUUCUGAAUAGUCAUGUUUAAAAAUAACCAGAAGGCCCAGAAAAGGCUGUUAAUGUUUUUUAAUGGGUUAUGUUUUCAGCUACUAUAAAUCUGCAGCUACAAGGCAGUGGGUCUGUGUCAGUUUAUAUAAACUGAAUACUUAACCCAGUGAUAAAAGGGCUGCAGAAACUGCUGGCUGGGGUUGAGUGGAGCCAUUUGAAUGUGGCUUAGGAUAUUAUUUCUAGAUCAGUUGUGCAGUUGUCUCUAAAAUUGCAUAACACCCAGUCAGAAUUCAGACUCUUGGAAGGUAAACUUGGUUGAUUGUAAACUGUUUUCUCCUUCUCCAAAGAAACAAUGUGAUCUUUAUCUCACUGAAAUGUACUCAGUCCUCACUCCGCCUAUGGAACUGUCAAAAGAAAAGAUAACGCUUCUGUAGAUUAAGUGAAGCAGACUAUUUUUGUAUUUUGAAAAUAUCAUCAUUUUAUUUCAUUAUCUGAAAUAUAAUGUUGUUAUAAUUUUGUUGAGAAAAUGGGUAUAUUUUUGUAAGUCAAAAGAAUGGAGGAUUAAGUGCAGGCUAAGAUUAUUUUUGUAACUUUCUUUUUUUAGGGCUCAA